UAUUUUUGUUGUUGUAAUUCUUAUUAAAAUUUUAUUAGUUAAUGAGUAUCGUUUAGUACUAUGGACAAUGGAUUAGUAUCUUAUAAAAAUACAGAACCAAUAAUGCAAGUUUUCAAUAUUCAUGAAAAAUCUGAUUGGAUUAUUUAUAAUCGUUAUAUACAACGAGAUUUGGAAUUAUGUAAAUUAUUAAUUGAUCAAGAGUUACGAAACACUAAGGAUAAUAAUGAAUUUGCAUUUUAUAUAUUGGGAUUAAUAUUUAGAGAAGAAGGUAAGAUAAAAAAUUCAUAUUGGUGUUUUGAUAGAUAUUAUGCUUUGAAUCCAUUGUGUGUCGAAGGAGUCAAACAAAUUGCUCGUUCAUGUUUACUUUUGGGAAGGAAUGAUGAAGCCCAAAAAAUGUACUUGGCAGCAGAAAAAAUGUGCAGAGAACCAGAUACUAAAGUGUAUUACAACCUUGGUCUAUGUUACUUGAACUUAGGAGAAUUGGAAAAAUCUAAAGAAUACUUUCAUCGCACAAUUCAACUAAGUCGAAAUCAAGAUGCUUACGAAAAAUUAGCCUCAAUAUUUGCCAUAGAAAAUAAUUUUAAAAAUGCGAUCAAUAUAUUAAUUUCGGCGUCAAAGUUGUUUCCAUUCAGCACAAAUAUAUCUGUAGACUUGGGUUUGUUGUACAUGAAACAACGUGAUUAUGAUCAAGCAUUUAACGUUCUCGGAAACACACUGUGUCAGGAUCCCGAAAAUCCUAAAGCCCUUCUAACAUUAGCAGCUGAAAUGCAGAGAAAUUGUGGAUACGACGAAGCAUUGGCCAAGUACACUAAAGCUGUUACUGACUUAUCUGAAUGCUCUGAAACAUGGAAUAAUAUUGGAAUGUGCUUCUUUGGAAAACAUAAAUACGUCGCGGCUAUAAGUUGCUUAAAACGUGCCAUUUAUUUGCACCCAUUUAAUUGGAUCGCCUUAUACAACUUGGGCCUUGUGCAUCUAUACACCAGACAGUAUGUUUCAGCAUUUGUAUUCCUUUCAACUUCGGCAAAAUUAAACCCAAAUCAUGCUGGAACUUUUAUGCUUAUUGGAUUGGCAUUAAAUCAUAUGAACGAUACAAGGAAUGCGGAAAAGGCUUAUCGUAAAUCCAUUGAGUUAAAUUCAGAUAAUCCAGAAGCGCUAAUAAAUCUAACAAUUUUGGAAGUUAAUCAAGGAAAAAUGAAAGAAGCCGAAAAAAAUUUCCAUGCUUUUCAAGAAGCAUGCCUAUCGUCUGGUGCCAUAGACAAAGAAAUUAUCGAACUCGGAAAACAAGUAUCGGACGUUCUCGACGGACAACCGCGAUCUCCAGAUAAAAACGACGACGAGAAGCCCGGGCGUGAUGAGCCCUGCUACGCUGAGGUAGAAUAACGUUCCUUUUACAAAUAUUUUUUUCCAGAAAAAAAAUGCAAUUAUAAUUUUAAUAAUAAAUAUCAAAGUAUGUUAUGCAUUAAUUAUAUAAAUAAAUACAUAAUAUAUAACACGCCAAAAUUAGGUACUAAAGUCCUUUAGCUUCCCCUAGAACCGAGCCUACGUUUGCAAGUGGCUCAUAUUAAUUUUAAACAAAAUUGCACAAGUCUGAAAAUUAUAGAAUGGAAAUUAAGUACACGUUAUUGAAAUUUCACCGUAAAAAUUUGAGUAGAAUUUAAACCGUGUUUUAAUAACUUAUAUAAUAUAAGUAUUUAAUAAUUUA